AUGGCUGAAAAUCCGACUUCCUCGACGGCGGCAGGCGAAGGUGGAUUCAUGAUGCCAUUGCUGCCAUCGCCUGCACCCAGUUCGACAUCAACAAUAAGAUCCGUCUCUGGCUUGCCCCAUCCACGCCGUACUGCCCUUCGGCCUGGGUCUGUGAAAGAAGACAAGGUGCGAAACUUUGUCGCGGAGCGCAUGAUGCACAUCAGUCGCCGUUUCGCCAAGAGAUCAGACACGGCACCGCCCGGAGCUGACGAGGUCGAGGGCUACAAGUCGAUGGGGGAGCUUUGCAAAGACCUGGAAGGCGUGAUAGACAUUGUGUGGUUGUCAGGGACCCCCAGCCUCCAAGUUCCCUAUCUCCUGAACAUCGCCGGCGAGUUCAACACCUAUGUCGUAGCGUUUCCGCCUUCGCCUACAGCAACCUUCUCCGUAUUACGCAAGCUCGAUCAUUGCUUUGCCAGCCUGUUAAUCGGCGAGGACAUUGAAAGCCACGAACCGCUUCCUGGUUUCGAGAACGGCUUGAAGAGCGGACUGCGGACCACAGACAUGGUGCGCUGCAAGAGUAUUGUCGAGCAGGCCCGCGUCUUGAUUGUAGAUGUCAUGCACAAGGAGCCGGAUGUGGAUGAAGUGGCCAGUGAAGAUGGCGACCAGACAGCCGAAGAGACCGAGAGCGGGUUAGAGGGGCACAGUAGACUUGGAAGGGCCGGUUGGGAUGAAGACGAGGAGCGCCUCUACAUGGACGUGGCGCGUGUCUAUGAGAACACGUUGGUCAGGCUGGGAGAGCGGCUUGGCUCGGAAGUGGAAGCGAGCCAGAUAUCCGACGAUUGA